AGCAACAUGCCUGAGCAAGACAGGCCAGGGAAGCUCCAGCACUGCCCACUAAGAGAUGGCUCACUCACUAGGACGUAGCCAUGACUCUGAUGAUUACAACCUUCAGGCUGCUGGCGGCAACGCAGAGGCAGUCGGCGACGAUGGCUGCAUCAGGGAGCAAGAUCGCCUGCUUCCGAUCGCAAACGUCGGCCGAAUUAUGAAGCAAAUCUUGCCUCCGAAUGCCAAAGUCUCCAAAGAAGCGAAGGAAACCAUGCAGGAAUGCGUCUCGGAGUUUAUCAGCUUUGUCACCGGCGAGGCGUCAGAAAAGUGCCGCAAGGAGAAGCGCAAGACGAUCAACGGCGACGACUUGUGUUGGGCAAUGGGGACGCUCGGCUUCGACGACUACGUUGAGCCGGUACGCCGGUACUUGCAGAGGUAUAGAGAGACAGAAGGUGAGAAAUCUAAUAGUACUGCUCCUGGGUAUGGCAACCAGAAGGGCAGCAGCAGCAAGGACGGAUCACCAAGAAGCAAAAGCAUCCAAUUUGAAGGCCAGCCUUCAAAUCCUCACAUGGCUAAGAGAAACAGCAACUUCUACUGACAGUGGUUAAUCCAAGUAAUUAAUGACUGAAGAAAGUCACGGAUAGAGGUGGUAUAGUGGAGCAGCCAUGGCCUUCCGGCAAG